AUGCUACGAAAGUUACCUUCUGUUUCAGGAGUAAACAAGGAAUCUCUUUCUUUUAUUGAAAGCGCUCUUGAAGUAAUUUUUCUGGACGAUGGAGAAACCGGCUACGAUGAAAAUAAUCCAAGAUUCUACGAUAGAGAGUACGAGCUAGCUUUGACCGGUGACGGCUACAAAUUGUGGUGUGACAAACCUAGUGUGUAUAUUUUCACGAAAAAUGGAAGGUUUAUGUGCAACGCUGAACAUUCCGUUGUGGAUGCAAUGAUCUACGUACAUGUAAGAGAAUAUCUCAAAUAUCAUGAAGCUUUUGAAAAGCCUUAUGGCCCUGAUGGGAACUGUACAGGCGACGUGCAAGUGGUUCCAAAGCCAGAAAGAUUGUGCUGGCAGCUGGAUUCAGAGGUACGAGAUUUAAAAAAAAAGCCACUCUUAUGAAG